GUCACAGGCUUUCACUGUCGAGACCGGGGGGCUUGGUGGAUAGUCGGUGGACCGGGUUGGGGGGGCUUCCAAUCCAGACUGCGCAGUUGGAAUAAAAUUUAAAAAAAAAAAAAAAAAAGAAGAAAUAAAAAAAGAAAAGAAAAAGACAAAAAAGAAAAAACAGUGGUUGUCAGACUCGCAUCAUGGAGGUGCUGGAAGUUCUUAAUUUGGGCGAUUUUGCCCAAGCUUUCUCCAAAAUGGGAAUGUUUCCUGUGUUUGAUCUCGCUUAUUACAUCGUGUCCAUCCUCUACCUCAAGUAUGAGCCAGGCUCGGUGGAGGUUUCUCGCAGGAGUCCCGUGGCCUCCUGGCUCUGUGCCAUGCUCUACUGCUUUGGUAGUUACAUCCUGGCAGACAUCAUGCUUGGAAGCAGCCCCAUUGACUAUUUCCAACACAACAGCCACAUCCUGCUGGCCUCAGCUGUCUGGUACCUCAUCUUUUACUGUCCACUGAACCUCUUCUAUAAGUGUGUGGCUUUUCUGCCAGUCAAGCUGGUGUUGGUCGGUCUGAAGGAAGUCGUCCGCACCCGUAAGAUCGCCGCUGGUGUUCACCACGCCCACCAUGCCUACCACCACGGCUUCUUCAUCAUGAUCAUCGUCGGAUACGUCAAAGGGUCUGGAGUAGCUCUCAUUUCCAAUUUUGAGCAGCUGCUGCGCGGUGUGUGGAGGCCUGAGACCAACGAGAUCCUUAACAUGUCAUUCCCGACCAAAGCCAGUCUGUACGGAGCGAUCCUCUUCACCAUGCAGGAGGCUCACUGGCUGCCAGUGUCCAAGAGCACCCUGAUCCUUGUCUUCACCCUCUUCAUGGCCACAUGCAAGAUUUUUAUGACUGCCCGACACUCUCAUGGCUCCCCCUUUGCCAUCAUUGAGUCCUGGGUUUGCCACUUGCUGUUCGGCUCCCCUCUGGGUGUCUCUGAGGAGGACCACCACCAUCCUCCCGCUGCCGCCACUCCCUCCUCACCUCUGAAAACCAAGGAGGAGCUGAGUGAAGGCUCUCGCAAGAGGAAGGCCAAGAAAGCUGAGUAGGACAUCGCCCUGCACUGAUGAAACUGCAUCUGACUCGCCCUCAUGGCUUCCACAUGAUGGGACUUCCCAUUCCUUUCUAGGGAAAGGGGCAGUUUGAUGUUUUACCAAAUGAGACCCUUUCUGUUAGAGCAAAAUGGUGCUUUCUGCAUUUUACACAGCAUGAGGACUCUGUAAAUACCACAGCAAAUGUUCCACACAUCAACCCAACCUGGACAUUUUAAAACUAUUUAUUUAUGUGUUUGCGAACAUCUGUGCUCAACACUGUGUGGUGAUCCACGUUUGUAGGAGCUGCAUGGUUGUUUUAGGAUGGCCUUCGUUCCACUUCGGCAGUUGCGUUACCAGGUGUCAGCGGUUUUCUUUGUUCUCCAAACCUUAUUUCAUUGAAGAAACAAAAAGUACAAAUUAAUAUCAGUCUCUAUCAGAUAUUCAACUGUGAAUAAAGCAUUAUGUGACAGAACAAUGCUGCUUUCUACUCUGAGAUGAGGACAAAUUCAUAUCUUUGAAUAAAAUUAAGAGAAACAUUG